UCUGCCGUGCGCCGGGGCGAGGGGCGGAGUCUCGGCUGCACAAAUGGGAGCUAGGAGGCAGGGUGGCCGCAAUUUCGCGCCAAGCUCGGCGGGCUGAAUCCCGAUUUGGUGAGCUAGCUGGGAGGUGUUUACAGCUGCUGUCAUGGUUCGUACGCUAAACUGCAUCGCCGCUGUGUCCCAGAACAUGGGCAUCGGCAAGAACGGGGACCUGCCGUGGCCCCCGCUCAGGAAUGAAUUCAAGUUUUUCCAAAGAAUGACCACAACCUCCUCAGUAGAAGGUAAACAGAAUUUGGUGAUUAUGGGGAGGAAGACAUGGUUCUCUAUUCCCGAGAAGAAUCGACCUUUAAAGGACAGAAUUAAUUUAGUUCUCAGCAGAGACCUCAAGGAACCUCCACAAGGAGCUCAUUUUCUUGCCAAAAGUCUGGAUGAUGCCUUAAAACUUAUUGAGCAACCAGAAUUAGCAAAUAAAGUGGACAUGGUUUGGGUAGUAGGAGGCAGUUCUGUUUAUAAGGAAGCCAUGAACAAACCAGGCCAUCUUAGACUAUUUGUGACAAGGAUUAUGCAGGAAUUUGAAAGUGACACAUUUUUUCCAGAAAUUGAUUUGGAGAAAUAUAAACUUCUGCCAGAAUACCCAGGUGUUCUAUCUGAUGUCCAGGAGGAGAAAGGCAUUAAGUACAAAUUUGAAGUAUAUGAGAAGAACGAUUAAUGUGAAGAUGUUUUCUGAUUUAUUUCAAGUUAGUUGCUCCCCCUGCCCUCCAAACAAUUAUAUAUUUUAAUAUUAGGGAAAAAAGACUUCUGUUGACUUUAGGUCAAUGGAUAAUUAUUUCUAAGCAAUGAGAUUUUAUUAAUCUUAAUUAGGCUAAGUUAAGAUUAAUCUUAAUUAGGCUAAGUUAAGAUUAAUCUUAACUAGACCAUAUCAGAUACCAUUUGUGAAACAUUUCUUGCUAUAACUGUGUGUUGCCUGUCAAGGACCAGCACCUGCCUAGGGUAGCAUAUCUACCAAGAGCCUAAGUGAGACAAUCCCCUGAUAGCAUAAGUUGAAACCAGGACUUACAGAGAUAGGACUAGACAGAUUUGUCCAAAGGUCAGAGAUGGAUUAUAAACAGAAGAGCUAAAACUCAGAUAUUAAAAGAAAAUUAGAUCAAAAGAGGAACUCUGAGUUCUCUAUGCAUAUCACACUUCUGAAAAAAAGUUCUGUUCGCUCUCGUAAGUUGAGAACUCUGAUAUAUUCCAUAGGGAUAGUAAAGAGGCAGGUAGAACACUACCUUUUUGAAGGUUAAAAGAAAAGGUCUGAGACCUAACAACUCUGUUUCCGAUCUCCAGUGAGAUUCCAUGGGAUGUUAAAAUGAUAGAAGAACAAUAGGCUGUUCUAUACAAAAAAGAGUAAUCUAAUAACAAACAUAUGGCUAAAAUUAGAAAUUAAAAAGGUAAUGAACUGAAAAUGGAUAAAGCUAGAAACCAAAAUUACAAAGCUGGAAACUAAAUUAAACUUCACUGAAUUAAAAAAUGAAACUUAAAACACAUUUACCCGUCGUGUUAGCAAAGAUGUGGAUUGUUAAGUAUCCAAAGAAAUAGCGUUUUUUGCUUGUAAAUUAAUGCAGCCUUUUUAGAGUUUAAGUUAGGAAUAUCAAUUAAAAUUUGGAAUAUUCUGGGUUUGGACCCAGAGCUUCCAUUUCCAGAAAUUAAUCCUGAAUAGAGGUGGACCCAAGAAUAUUUGUUGCACUACUUUUUUAACUUGAAAAUAGCCCAAAUGACAAUCAAUAAAGAAAUAACUAACCAAUA